GAUUUCAGUUCCCUAUAUUUUUGUCCACUGCGGAUAAAUGAAGAUUUGCACUGAAAUUUUACUCCUUGUGUUCGGGGGCUUCCUGAAUUUCAAGCGUGCAGAUGGACAGCCUCGCCGUUUACAAGUUGAAGCUAUUGUAACAAUGAGAGAUGAAUGCGUCCUGAAAGGAACAUUAUUGCAAUAUGAUUCAAAUUUCCUGCUGCACUGGUUACAACCUAACGAAACUCAUCCUGGGAGACAUUAUACUUAUAUAAUGAUAGACAACACUAAAUUUGCUGGAUUACUUCUAGAAAUGCCUAAUUACAUAAACCCCACACAUAAUGCUAGUGACCAUUUUCCAAAGGAUGCUCUGCUAACUGUAGAAGAUCAACUAUUUUAUUUAGCUACAGAUUUUUCAGUUGCACCUUUGAAUGAAAUGGUGAGAAGGAAAGAACGCAAGCGAUACAAUUUCCAUGCAGUCCUCCAGCAAAAAGUAACUAGGGCGCUUAGGGGACUGUAG